UCAAACGAACAUUUAUUAUUUUGUAAAAAAUGCUGUUUUAUUGCCAAACACAUACAUUCAUUGUUUAGUAACAUUGUGACAGCUAAGCAGAUUAAAAUACUAAUAUGUAACUUUCUUUUGUCCACAGUUAAUGCAAAACGGUCGCGAGCUACUCUCCGUAGUAGCUCAAGAGAUGGACGAGCUCUCGGUCUCGAUCCGUCUCCGUCUGCUCUCGUCCCCACCAGUCAGCACAACGUGGCUACUACUCUCCGCAGACCUUUGCCUCAACAAGUUUCUUCCCCUACCGACUACGCUGCAACAGUUUUACACCGCUCAUCUGGUAACAACCACGGAAGAAAAUGUCAGUGAAGCCAGCUAUAGAUGUUGGAAGAAAAGCCCCGAGAAGAACGAGAAUAAACCAGAUGCUGCGGCGCUUGCAGAAGAAGUCAGUCAAAGUAUAUCUCAGAUUAGUCUGCGUAAUAAUGAGGACACGAAGCCUAAGAAAGAACCAAUCUCAGUUAGCCAAGAUACAUGGACAGGUGAUGAUACCUUAAGGAAAAGAUACGACCUUAACUCUUGGCGGCAAACAGAAGAGACGAGAAUAAAGGCUAAUGACUGCCAACAAGGGGGGGAUAUCUUCCAAAGUCACCCCGAAAGAAAUGUGUCUCAGGCCCCAGAAAAGCCAAAAUUAGGCGUUGGAGCUAGGUUAUUGAGACUUAGAGCCCUCUCAAAGGAAUCAAUCUCAGUCAGCGAAGACACAUGGUCAGGACCCGACUCCCGCCCGCCGCACAUAAGUAUGAGAUCACGAAAGGGGAGGAUUAAUGGAAAGAAAGACGGAACAACAGCCAAGGCGACCCCAAGACGCCAUGUCGCCGAAGUACCGCGCAGCGCCAAAUACUGGGGCCACGACGACCGAUGCGUCAAACAUUAUAGUUAGUAGGAAUGUCUUGUAUGUAUGUAUGUAAAUAAUUAUUAAUUUAGGGAAUUGUACAAAUGAAAUUGUU